AUGCCAGAUACUUCGAAUGCAUCUUCAUUCCUGCGCAGACCAGACAGCCAUUGGGUAGUCAUUAUUGCCGCCAUUUCGCUCUUCAGUGAUCCAAACGCAGUGGGAGAUGCCAUACCCUACCAAUUUGUGGGCGAUGGGCAGAACUGGGCACUUAUUGCCUUGCUGUUUUUGCUAUACCAUCACUCCACUCUAAAGAACGACGCAUUGUCGGCUACGUAUAGCACUCCUGGCUUCGCUGUUGUUGCUGGAUUUUUUCUUCUUGGAGGCCGCUCAGUUGUACCAGUUGCACUUCUGAAUCCUUCUCAUUAUCAGUCCCUACUUCUAGCUUUGGGGACAUACUAUAGCUCUCCCGCCACUGAGUCGGGCUACGUACCUGGCAUUACAGAACUUGUUUUAAUUCCGGCAACAUGGCUCAUUGCAUCUUCCUUGAGGACAACGGAGGCUUUAUCCGAGCCAUACCUGCAAUGGAUCUUACUUGCCGCACUUGCCCUUAUCGGAGUUAUAUUCUCUACCAUGAAUGUCACCGGUCCCUUACGAUAUGGGUAUAGGAACUAUCUAAAUCUCUAUAUCAGUUAUCGUUCUAGGAUCCCUUCUUGGACUCAUUUUCCCCUCUUGUGGCUGGCCUUUCACCCUUGGACUGGCUGGUGGCUUCUCGGGGGGUCAGUGGGCGUAGCAUGGCAGUAUGUGCGGGAGCAUCAUCGGGAGGCCUCAACCAAAAUCAUCGAUGAUGUAGAAAAGGCUAAGAUACGCGCUUCCUCACUCUCCGCCUGGGCAAAGGAUGAAGCCGCGGCGGCAGAACGGUGUGAACUUCAGGUCCAUAAGCUGGCAACAUCGGUGACGCGUGACGCCCGCUCUGCACAUUACGUUGGAAUUGCCGACUUCUAUACCGAGUCAGCAGCAGGAAUGGCACCCCAGGGCAAAAUGAACCACACUGCUGCAGCUUCAGACACCUCCAGCAUCGCAGUCAGUGUCACCCUGUAUGCUCUAGACGCUACAAAGGCUGCUAGGGCUGCAAGAGAUGCAGCCGAUACUGUCCACAAGCUCGCUAUUGAUUCUAAAUCGCUGGCAGCUAUUGGAGAUCUAGAGGCAGCGCAACAUACAGUGAAUAAGCUGCAAGAUGCGUUGAAAGAUUGCGAGGGGAAGCACAAUGAUGCUGUUAGGGCUAGAGAAAAUGCACAGCAGAAAAUGGCAGGAUUUCAUGGCGAGAUAAUUGCUACUUCCUCUGGCUCGAAUCAGCAGGGAAGUGAACAACUACAAGAUCAGCAGAAACGCGAUCCAGAAGACCAGGAGAAACUCGAUUCAACGGCUAUGUUGGACGACGAUGAAGAGAGCAAUUUCUAAAUACCUGCAGCGCAAUAGAUAGCUGUAGAGUCAUGACGCCACUUACAACGGCGACUUGUCGAUAUCACAACAUCUUAUGAAGCAAACAAGAAUAAACUGAAAUUGAUCCG